CAGCGACCUCUGUGCGCCUGCGCCGCCGUUGCCGGGCAUCCGCCGGCGAAAAGACGACCUAGGGGAGGGGUGGUGGCAGCGGGGACUCCGGAAGCCCACCUUUCACCCGGAAAUGGUUGUCGAGAAACAUGGCGUUGCUGGUGCGAGUCCUUAGGAACCGGAUUAGCAUCUCCCAGUGGGUUCCAGUAUGCAGCCGAUUGCUACUUGUGUCUCAUACACAGGGACAGUGGGGCAGGGCUCUGUCUGGUACUUCCCAGUGGCCCCAGAUGAGCCAGGCCCUAGCAUGUGGUGGAUCAGUAGUAGACAUUCAGCUAAGUAGGAAGUAUCAUACCACAAAUAAGCUUUCUUCUACCAAGGAUUCCCCACAGCCUGUUGAGGAGAAGGUUGGUGCCUUCACAAAGAUAAUAGAAGCCAUGGGAUUCACAGGACCUUUGAAAUACAGUAAAUGGAAGAUUAAGAUUGCGGCCCUGCGCAUGUAUACUAGCUGUGUGGAGAAAACUGACUUCGAGGAAUUCUUUCGAAGGUGUCAGAUGCCUGAUACAUUCAAUUCAUGGUUUCUUAUAACUCUACUUCAUGUCUGGAUGUGUCUAGUCCGAAUGAAGCAGGAAGGCCGGAGUGGGAAAUACAUGUGUCGUAUCAUAGUUCAUUUUAUGUGGGAGGAUGUUGAGCAGCGUGGCAGAAUCAUGGGGGUUAAUUCCUAUAUCCUGAAGAAGAACAUGAUGCUUAUGACAAAUAAUUUCUAUGUGGCAAUCUUGGGAUAUGAUGAGGGGGUCCUUUCAGAUGAUCGUGGGCUGGCUGCUGCCCUCUGGAGAACCUUCUUUAACCAGAAAUGUGAAGACCCUCGACAACUUGAAUUGUUGGUGGAGUAUGUGAGGAAACAGAUACAGUACCUGGACUCCAUGAACGGUGAGGAUCUGCUUCUGACAGGGGAGGUGAGCUGGCGCCCUCUAGUGGAGAAGAAUCCUCAGAGCAUCCUGAAGCCCCAUUCCCCAACUUACAACGACGAGGGUCUUUGAUGGGCUGGUCCCUCCAAACAGCUGGCCAACUAGCUCUGAGGAACUGCCAGAAGAGAGGUGGCUGUUUGGCCCAGGAAGUGGCCUGAACUGACCUUUGAAAAGCAUCUGUCAAAUACCUGGCCCCAUUUGUGUUGAUUUUCCUCUUAGUACGCCCAGGAGUCUGAUUGGGUGGGGUACGGUGCUGGGAGAACCCUUAGCCCUUCUAAGGUGUCCUCUCCCUCAAGAGAAGCCCUGAGAAAGAGCUCCCCUGCCCACACUCCCCAGGUCCCCUCUAGGAAACAUGCGAUUGACAGCUUUUCCCAAAGGCCACAGAAGGGAAUGGGGGUAGGUUAGAAAGGGGACACCCCCUCCCCCCCCAAGGGCCCACUGUGGCCUAGGAGCAGUUUGUAAUGCUUCUGAGUCGAGACGGGUAACCACGCUCUGUCCUCCGGCCUUGAGCUGUGGGGUUGAGUUGGCCAUUAAAAGAAACAGAGACUUCUCUCUGCCAUGGCUCUUUAUUCCUGGGUCUUUUAGAAACUUACCUGGGAUGGUGGAUGCCACGAGCUGAGGAGCACUGCCCAGCUCAGUUAGAGACAGGGAGGCGGAGAGGCUCAGGGGGGUCUCUGCUGCUGCUUCUGCUUCCAGCUCAUGGAGAUGUCACUGUUCUGGCCAAGGUACAGCCUUCCAGGCCACGACCUUGGGGACCCAGGAGGCCUCUAUGGCCAGGGGGCUUGUCACAUCCUGAGUCAUUUGGAAAGAGGCCUCAAGAGGAAGGUCCCUUUGUCACACACACUCCCAUUGAACUGGGUGAGGAACAUGCUGCCUUUUCCUCUCUUGGCUCCCCCUUAUACGAGGUACUGGGGAGAAGGGGAGAAGAGGAGAACACACUCUUCCUGGCUUCGUUGCUCCGCCCCAGGACCCAGCCCCGUGCCCAGCCUUCCACCCCCUUCCCAACUCGAGGAGCAUGUGCUGCAGAGCCACCUUGGUCUGGGCACUUGAGGACCAGUCUCCUCCUCCCUCUGAGUGUGGGUCAUCUCUGGGGGAAUUUUCUUUAAAUUGAAGAAAGGGGGCGGAGAACCAUAUUGCCCCUCCCCCCAUCAAACUUGCUUCAUUUAACUUGCUAUAAAAUGAGUCAUAUAAAGAAACUCUAUAAGGGUGAGGUAUAUCUCACUUCUGUGAAAACAUUACAAAUCAAACCACCUUCUCUGAGUUUAUUUAAGAUGCUUUUGUUGCACAAGGAGCUCUAGAGUGAAGCCUCCUGUGUGUGUGAGAUAAUAACACCUUGUAACUCAUUACAGCUGGGCACUAUUUACAUAAACCAGAGCUGGGCCAGGCAGGAAUUUGCUGAUUAAUUUAUUUUUAAUGGAGUGAAGUAUACCAUGCACCAAAAUAAACUUUACAGUGUGUACCUAA